AUGGAAGUUCUCGGUGCCGUGGCGAGUGCUGCCACCUUGGCCCAGAUUGCGGUCAAGGGAGUCGAGUUCCUGCAAAAGAUUCCCGAGAUUCAAUCCGACUACGCAGAGCUCUGUGACGAGCUUGAAUUCAUCGAGACAAUUAUCCGGCAUGCCCAGCAAACGUCGACGCAUAGCGAGAAGACAACUUCGAUGCCCGGAAUACAAGAUCAGAUUGGAAGGAUCGUAUCUACGCUUACGGAAAUAUCAAGGGACUUGGAUGAAAUCAAGGUCAAGUGCCAGCACCAGACAGCCAAAGGAGACGUGCGGGUUAGCAAGAAGAAGUGGGUUAUCUUCAGCGGCAAGAUUGGCGGGAUGCUGCAAAAGGCGCAUCGAGCAAAGACGAAUCUACAGAUGGCCAUUGGCAUGCACAUGUCGACGCUACAUCACCAGACGAGCACGGAACUGCGAGAGGUUAAGAGCCGGCUUGACAUAUCGUUACCUGGGAUUGAGAGGCAGCUUGACCAUAUGUCACACGCUGCAAUGGUGAUGAUAUCGACCCGAGAGAAGAUCCUGAAUGCUCAGACCGAGAAGGAUUCGCAGAGAAUUCACGAGCUGGAUGACGAGGGUAAUGAGCUCGACAGUAACGACACAAGUGCAGCCACGUAUGUGCAGGGAUCAACAACACCAGACGCACCUCCACAGAGUCUAGUCGGUCAAAUUACCGCGUUGGGGGUGGCUUUCCAGAGGACGAAGUGCCCAGCGCAGUGUGAGUGCCGAUGUCACACUCGUCCACGGAAGGUUUCCAGCCCGGAAUGGAUAAAGAAGCUGUCAGGGUCGUGGGAACUACAAUACAAGCCACAGCUAGCCAGAACUCAGUGGGAUAUGCAUUGCCCAUGCAACAAGACGGAUGAUCUGGAGAUUGCAUGGCGACCUCCAGAAUGGUGGUGGAUACAAUCUUCUUCCCCACGUGCCCAUCGCUAUUCUCUAAAAUGUGCGCUACGUCCGGUUAGAGUUUUGAGAUUCGCCAGAUCAGAAGAGUAUCGGUCUUUGGCGAAGUCCGUAGCGGAUGUUCGCCAGGCCAUGGACAGGGGAAUGAUCCUUUUUCCUGAUGAUAUGUUUGAGUACGGUAUUAACAUUGUCGAGGUUCUAGUUGCGGGCAAGAAUUUCCAGGUUUUGGAGUUUCUACUACUGCAAUGGAAGAAUAUAUCGGUAGAAAAUGGACUCUCUAGAAUUACAGGAUAUCGGGCGGCGUAUUCUUUGAGGUUCGAUUCAGUGGGUAAACUAGGAGAACGACUGCUGGAACAAGUCGUCUCAUAUGUCGACUGGGGGACGGAUGUGACAACAUCAGCAAUUCAUGAGGCCGCCAUUCGGGGAUCGGGAGUGCAAGAAAGCUGUGUUGAGGCAAAGGACUUGAUCGAUGCGUGGGAUGAGACUGGACAUGCGCCGUUGCACCACGCAGUAAUGAGAGGCCACACUCAGGCCGUGCAGGAUUUGAUUGAUGCGGGUGCCGACGUCAAUUGCAAAUCAUUCCAAGAGGAGACUCCGUUGAUGUUGGCAGCUCAUUAUGGCCACACGGAAUGUAUGCGAAGUCUGCUUUUGACAAGGCGGAUUAAUCGCAUUGAUGAACAAGACAGAUUUAACCAAAAUGCACUGGGUUAUGCUGCUAAUAAGUGCAAUCCUGAGGCGGUGCGGCUGUUGCUGGAGGAAGGAGCAUCACCAUUGCUGCCUUCCCGUUUUGGCCAUUUGCCACUGCAUUGGGCGAUAAAGUCUGACAACCAGAAUCCAGCCGAAAUAGCAGCCACCAUCAACUUGCUGCUCGAUGCACCAGGGACAGACAUCAAUGCAACUGAUUAUUUUGGGGAUACAGCCAUUAUGGAAGCCGUGUGGCAUAAUAACCAUGUCGCUUUGCGUUGUCUGGCGCGAGCUGGGCCUUCUUUCACAGCAAUGAACAAAUAUUCACACACUUUGCUGCACUACGCUGCCCGUUGCGGGGAUCUGGAAACCUUGCAUUUCCUCGACGGCCAGGAAUUGACUUGCAUCAACUGGAAGCUUCCUGGAGAACUGGGUUGGACUCCAUGGAUGUCGUUUAUGCAUCGCUUGGAUCAUCCCGAACGGAAGCCAGAUCCAGCUGAAAUGAUUGCCUUUGUGCAGCUGUAUAGAGGCAUCCGGGAUCGGGAUCUCGCCCACGACUUUUCGCUCCUCGAGCAAACACUCGCCGCGCUGGACCGCAACGACGAAGCCGAGGCCCAUCUCCACCUCUCCGCAAUAAUUCACUGUAAAGAAGCAUAUAACGAUGAGCAUAGUGCUAGGUUCUAUCGCGGUAUAAGGGGCAAUCUAUCUUCUGGCGACAAGGAAACACUGUUGGACAAUAUUCAGGCAGAUCUCCAAGACCUCCGGCUUGAGAUGGCGAGCAGCCCUUGGGACCAGGACGCUCUCGAUGAAUCUGACUCAGAUGAGUCUUCAUCAGAUUCGGAUGAGUCUGCGUCGGAUUCAGAUGAGACUUGGUCAGAUUCAGAGGAUUCUAGCGGAUCAUCUAUGCUCCAAGAAGGUGAUGCGAGCGAUAGGGAUCAAGUUACUUGA